UCGCUCCUUUCCAAUUCGCAAACAAAGGGUUAAGUUUUUGCAAGACGGGGGUCGACCGGCCCCGUGCCAUUGACAUCCUCGUAAAUGGGAGACUUUGUUGAUAGGUAAAGCCAGCAAGGGGCCUAUAAAAAAGACGAGAAGAGAAGGGGACAGAAGAGGAGAAUUUGUAAGUUCUGAGUUCUGAAAUCUGAAUUGUCAGUCCUUCAUCAAUGGCUGCCAAGCAAAACCAAGAAAACCUCCCUGUUGUCCUUGUCUAUCGUCGCCCGCAAUUCAACCUUCCACACAGAAACCGCCUAUCUCGUCACUUCAUCCUCCUCGACCCGGCUGAUUCACAAGAACCCACUAGCUCUUUCCUGUCCACCUAUGCUCAAUCAGUUAGAGCCCUCCUCUGCGUGGGCUACUCCACCAUAACCUCUGAAACUCUCAGUCUCCUCCCUUCCUUGGAGCUCAUAGUAGCGUGUAGUGCUGGCGUUGACCACAUCGACCUGCAGGAGUGUCAUCGCCGUGGUAUUGCGAUCACCAACGCCAGUGUGGCAUUCGCGGAGGAUGUCGCUGACCUAGCGGUGGGGUUGCUGAUUGAUGUUUUACGCAAAAUAUCAGGAGCUGACAGAUUUGUUCGUGGUGGGUUGUGGCCUGUGAUGGGAGAUUAUCCCCUUGGUUCCAAGUUAGGAGGGAAACGAGUUGGGAUAGUUGGGUUUGGAAGUAUCGGUUCUGAAGUUGCAAAAAGGCUUGUGGCUUUUGGUUGCAGCAUUGCCUACAAUUCAAGGAGGAGGAAGCCAUCUGUUCCAUUCCCUUACCAUGCCAAUGUUCGCGGCCUUGCUGCAGAUAGUGACAUUCUCAUUCUUUGUUGCGCAUUAACAGAAGAAACACACCAUAUGAUUAAUGAAGGAGUGAUGACAAGCUUGGGAAAAGAAGGGGUGAUCAUUAAUGUUGGACGUGGGUCUCUGAUUGAUGAGAAGGAACUAGUGCAGUUUUUGGUGCAAGGAAAGAUUGGUGGGGCAGGUCUUGAUGUGUUUGAGAAUGAGCCUGAUGUGCCAAAGGAGCUGUUUUCUCUGGAUAAUGUUGUGUUAUCUCCACACCGUGCCGUCUUCACUCCAGAAUCCUUGGAGGCAUUGAUAGAUCUAACUUCUGCCAACCUGAAGGCGUUCUUUUCAAAUAAACCUCUGAAGUCACUUGUUGAAAUUGAGUUAUAACUUUCCCCUCUCCCACUAAGUUAAUCAAAAUUGAACUGUUUCUAAAA